AUGGCUCUGUUCCGAGGUCACAAGGCCUCCCUAUCCAAAUAUACCACCUCUCCUUACCCAUUUAGCUAUGACGUCUUCUUGAGCUUUAGUGGUGAGGACACUCGAAAGAACUUUUCGGAUCACCUCCACACAGCCCUUGACAACGCCCGAUUUGAUACUUUCCGGGAUGACCGACUCGAGAAAGGGGAAAAUAUCAAGGAAGAACUAGAGAAAGCCAUUCAACAAUCACGAAGUUCUGUCAUUGUGUUUUCGAAAGACUAUGCCUCUUCCAAAUGGUGCCUCGACGAGCUUGUUAUGAUCCUUGAACGCAAGAGGACCUCCAAGCAUGUCGUUUUACCUGUCUUCUACGACAUUGAUCCAUCCCAAGUGAGGAAGCAGACUGGAAGUGUUGCAAAAGCACUUACUAGACACAAGAAAACUCAAUCGUCGAGCAAAAUGAGAGUAUGGAGGGCAGCGCUUAAAGAAGUUGCAGAUCUAGGAGGAAUGGUUCUACAAAAUGAAGCUGAUGGGCACGAGUCAAAGUUUAUCCAAAACAUUGUUAAAGUGAUCCAAGACAGGAUAGGUCGUGUGCCCUUAAGCAAUGUCCAGAAGGAAUUAGAGGAGAAGCUUUUAUCUGUUAACCCUGUUCUUGAUGACGCCGAGGGGAAGCAACUGAAAUUCCCAACAACUGUGAAGCCAUGGCUCCAUAAGCUUAAAGAGGCUGUCUAUGAUGCUGCGGACUUGUUGCAAGAGAUCAAAACAGAAGCCUUGAGGCAAAAGAUAGAACACGAAUGUGGGAGUAGCACGAGUAAGGUACAAGAGCUCAUCCCUACUCCUCCAUCUCAUGCUUUUGACCCAGCUUUAAUAUACCCCAAGGUAGAGGAAGUUCUUAACAGACUAGACACUCUUAUGGAGCGGAGAAGAAAUGUCUUCGAGAUGGAAGCAAGUGCUGGAUACAGGGUAUCACAGACAAUAGCGUCAACUUCUUUGGUUGAAGACUCCGGUGUGUGUGGCAGAGAUGAAGAGAAAGAGACACUUACUAAAUUGCUGCUAUCAAAUGAUGAGAGUGGUGAUAAGAUGAGUGUGAUUCCUAUUGUGGGUAUGGGUGGGAUUGGAAAGACCACCCGUGCCCAGCUUUUGUACAAUGAUGUUAGAGUUGCACAACAUUUUGACAUCCAAGCAUGGGCUUGUGUUUCUGAAAAAUUUGAUGUUCUUUUGAUCUCACAACAAAUUUAUGAGUCCCUUACUUCAGACGCUUGCUUCAUCUUGAAUUUAAAUCUGCUUCAGUCAAAACUGAAGGAUGAAUUGAUGGGGAAAAAGUUUUUCUUGGUUCUUGAUGACAUUUGGAACAAGAAUUAUACUGAAUGGGAGGUCUUAAGGCGUCCUUUUCAAUUUGGAGCACAAGGAAGUAAGAUUAUUGUCACAACACGCAAUCAAUAUGUUGCACGUAUGGUGUGUACUCUUGAAGCUCACUGUCUCAUGCCAAUGCCUGAGGAAGAUGGCUGGCAAUUAUUUGAAAAACAUGCCUUCAAAAAUGCAGGUGUUGGCGCGCGGACACAUCUUGGAGAAAUCGGUAGACAAAUUGUUCGAAAGUGCAAGGGUCUUCCUUUGGCUAUUAAGUUGCUUGCGGGUCUCUUAUAUUCUAAAUUAGAUGUGGGUGAAUGGGAAACUAUAUUGAACAGUGACAUGUGGGAGUUGCCUUUGGAGUGUGACAUUUUCCGUUCUCUUUGGUUGAGCUAUAUGUACCUGCCUUCACAACUCAAACAUUGUUUUGCAUAUUGUUCGAUAUUUCCCAAGAACUAUAUGUUCGAAACAUCAGAAGUGGUUUACUUGUGGAAGGCUGAAGAUCUAUUGCAACCUAAACAAAACAAAACAGCAGAAGAAAUCGGACAAGAUUACUUCAAUGAUCUAAUCUCAAUGUCAUUUUUUCAAGUUUCAUCAAGUUCAUAUCAAUAUUUCAUGCAUGACCUUAUCAAUGAUUUAGCAAGCUUUGUAUCAGGAGAAUUUUGCUUUAGGUGGGAGGGCAAUGAUUCACCCAACAAUUUGAGCAAGACUCGUCACUUUUCAUAUAUGGAAGAAUAUCAUGAUGAGGCUGAUAGCCUAGAGAUGUUUGAGGCUUUACAGCAAGCUAAAUGUUUGCACACCUUUCUACCAUUAGUACCAUCUUAUUUGUGGGGACAGUUGUGCAAACGACUCUAUAAGGCAUUGCCAAAGUUUCAAUGUUUAAGAAUGCUCAAGUUAUCAAGGUACGAUAUUAAGGAAUUGCCUGAUUCAAUUAACAACUUGAAACAUCUUAAGCACUUGGACUUGUCUUGGACUCCCAUCAGAAAGUUACCAGAUACAAUUUGUACUAUGUAUAACUUGCAAGCAUUGUUGUUGUCACACUGUCGAGGCCUUACUGAACUGCCAGCCAACUUGGGAAGAUUGAUCAACUUGAGCCAUCUGGAUAUUACAGAGACAAAGUUAAAAAAGAUGCCACCACAAAUGGGUAAGUUGAAAGACCUCCAGAUGCUACCAAAGUUUGUGCUGGACAAACAAACUGCUGGGGAUAAUUUACCGGAGUUAAAGAAGCUUGAAAAUUUGCAUGGAAGUCUUAGAAUAUCAGGGCUUGUGCAUAGCAGGGGUUUGGAGGCCUACAUACUGAGGGACAAGAAGUUCCUUAAGGAACUGGAAUUGGAUUGGAGAGGAAAAGCUUGGAGUGAAGAAGGCAAUAAUACUGUAGAACAAAGAAAAGUGAUUGAGAAGCUCCAACCUCACCUGAACCUGGAAAGGCUUGCUAUUAAAGGUUAUGGAGGCAAAAUGUUUCCAGGUUGGUCAGAAUAUUAUUCUUCCUCUGCUCUUGUUUAUCUUAAACUUGAAUAUUGUGCGAAUUGUAUCUGCUUGCCACCAUUGGGACAGUUACCUUCCCUCAGAGAGCUUCAUAUUGAAGGGUUAAAUGAAGUGGUGUCUAUAAGUUCUGAAUUCUAUUAUGGUGACGGCGAUACUACUACUUGUGCGAAUAAAACAUUUAGAUCUCUAUGGUCUUUAGAAUUCAACAGUAUGAGUGGAUUGAAAGAAUGGGCUUAUGUUGGAGGUGACAAUAAUGAAGGUGGGAUUUUUCCUAAUCUUGUUGAACUUGAUCUAUCAUAUGGUGUCCCAAUCUUACCGGGAGAUUAG